UGCAGAUUCCAGUUUGAAUAAAAUCAGAGUAUGACGAAGAAAAAUUAAUUACUAUUCUUAACCACAGCUGGCUGGAUGACAAACACAGCAGGACAAACAACUACCACAGCUGGACCAACAACUACUACCACUGGACAAACGACCACAACAGCUAGCCAAACAACCACCACAGCUGCCCCAAAAACUACCACAGCUGGCCAAACUACAACCACAGCUGGACCAACAACUACCAAAGCUGGCCAAACAACUACCACAGCUGGCCCAACAACUACCACCGCUAGCCAAACAACCAACACAGCUGCCCCAACAACUACCACGGCUGAACAAACUACAACCACAGCUGGCCCAACUACUACCACAGCUGGACCAACAACUACCACAGCUGGACCAACAACUACUACCACUGGACAAACGACUACAACAGCUAGCCAAACAACCACCACAGCUGCCCCAACAACUACCACAGCUAGCCAAACUACAACCACAGCUGGACCAACAACUACCGAAGCUGGCCAAACAACUACCACAGCUGGCCCAACAACUACCACCGCUGGCCAAACUACAACCACAGCUGGCCCAACUACUACCACAGCUGGAACAACAACUACCACAGCUGGCCCAACAACUACCACCGCGAGCCAAACAACCAACAAAGCUGCCCCAACUACCACGGCUGGCCAAACUACAACCACAGCUGGACCAACAACUACCACAGCUGGACCAACAACUACCACAUCUGGCCCAACAACUACAACCGCUGGCCAGACAACUACCACGGCUGACCGAACUACAACCACAGCUGGACCAACAACAACCACAGCUGGACAAACAACCACCACAGCUGGCCCAACAACUACCACUGCUAACCCAACACCUACCAGCGCUGGACCAACAACUAUCAAAGCUAGCUCAACAACUAUCACCGCUGGGACAAUAACUACCACAGCUAGCCCAACAACUACCACCCCUGGACCAAUGACUACAACAGCUAGCCAAACAACCACCACAGCUGGACCAACAACUACCACAGCUAGCCCAACAACUACCACAUCUAGUCCAACAACUAUCACAUCUAGCCCAACUACAACUGCAGCUAGCCCAACUUCUACCACAUCCAGCCCAACUACAACCACAGCUGGACCAACAACAACCACAGCUGGACAAUCACCCACCACAAACGGCCCAACAACUACCACUGCUAGCCCAACCACUACCACCACUGGAACAACAACUACCACAGGUAGCCCAACAACUACCACUACUGGACCAACGACUACAACAGCUAGCCAAACAACCACCACAGCUGGACCAACAACUACCACAGCUAGCCAAACAACCACCACAGCUGCCCCAACAACAACCACAGCUGGCCAAACUACAACCACAGCUGGACCAACAAACACAGCAGUUGGACCAACAACUACCACCGCUAGCCAAACAACCACCACAGCUGCCCCAACAACUACCAGCGCUGGCCAGACAACUACCACAGCUGGCCGAACGACAACCACAGCUGGACCAACAACAACCACAGCUCGACAAACAACCACCACAGCUGGCCUAACACCUACCACCGCUGGACUAACAACUACCACUGCUAGCCUAACACCUACCACCGCUGGACUAACAACUAUCAGAGCUAGCUCAACAACUAUCACCGCUGGGACAAUAACUACCACAGCUAGCCCAACAACUACCACAGCUGGACCAACUACUACCACAGCUGGCCCAACAACUACAGCAGUUGGACCAACAACAACCACAGCU